AGUUGUGUGUAGAAUAAUUCUCUCUCUUCCUCAGAUCAGAUAGUGUCGUGUUUGCACGGUGUGCUCACGUUCUUCAUUCAUUCAUAUUACGGCAAUACGCAUCGCUUGAGGCGAUACGCAACGCCCACAUCACAUGAACGUUCAACGUUCCUCUCCCUUCCCCUCUACUACUCGCUGCUCUACAUGACAAAAGCGACGCACUGGAGACAGCAAGCAAGCAAAGCUGACUAUUUGUUUUUCUUUUUUUAUUUAGCGAUACGUAGUCUCCUCCCUUACUAUUAAAGGAGACAAAAAACCAACCUUUGUUUCUGAAUCUUGUCUUUUGCUGAGUAUCAUCUUCAAAACCAUCCUUGUAAAGAUUGGAAAAAAAGAAAAAAAUAAAGGGACCAAGGAAGCUUUAAUUCGUCCUUCCAUCCUUCCUUUUCUUUUACUGGCGGCAUUUUUUUUUUUCAUUCAUUCAUUUAUUUGUUUAUUUAUUUAUUUUUGGGUCCGAGAUCUAUUUGUAUAUCUCUCACCUUCUCGACCGACCCACACCCCCCAAUCCCUCCCUCUUUUCUCCGCGGAUCUCAAGCUCCAUGCUACUCUGCUCUGCUGUCUGUACUGUACAGUCUAUACUUGAUUCACUAGUAAAGCCAAAGUAAAUCAGUGGUGGUUGGUGGCCUUGGGGGAGGGGUGAGUGUUGUGUGUGUGUGUGUGUGUGUGGGUGUAAGGGAGAGCGAACCAGAAAAUGGAAGCCCAGAAGAAAUCGGCUGUAUCGGAUGUGGGCGCCUGGGCAAUGAACGUUGUCAGUUCCGUUGGAAUCAUUAUGGCCAACAAGCAGCUCAUGUCCACCAGUGGUUAUGCUUUCAGCUUCGCUACAACUUUGACCGGUUUUCAUUUUGCUGUAACUGCGCUUGUUGGGAUGGUUUCAAAUGCUACGGGGUUCUCUGCAUCAAAGCAUGUUCCUUUGUGGGAACUUCUGUGGUUCUCAGUUGUUGCAAAUAUGUCUAUCACAGGGAUGAACCUUAGUCUCAUGUUGAACUCGGUUGGAUUUUACCAAAUAUCAAAAUUGAGCAUGAUCCCAGUAGUAUGCGUGAUGGAGUGGAUUCUUCACAGUAAGCAUUACACAAGGGAAGUCAAAAUGUCUGUUGUGGUUGUAGUUAUAGGUGUUGGUGUCUGCACUGUUACUGAUGUCAAGGUGAAUACUAAGGGUUUCAUCUGUGCUUGUGUUGCAAUACUAUCGACAUCUCUGCAACAAAUUUCAAUAGGUUCUCUGCAGAAGAAGUACUCAAUUGGAUCAUUUGAGUUGUUGAGCAAAACAGCGCCGAUCCAAGCAGCUUCUCUUCUUGUGCUGGGCCCUUUCAUUGAUUACUAUCUUUGUGGAAAAUUUAUAUUAGAGUACAAGUAUUCUUCUGGUGCCUUUCUUUUUAUUCUUCUCUCGUGUUCUCUAGCUGUUUUCUGCAAUGUGAGUCAGUACCUGUGUAUUGGUCGGUUCUCAGCAGUUUCCUUCCAGGUUCUAGGUCACAUGAAAACUGUCUGUGUCCUCACCUUGGGGUGGCUGUUGUUUGAUUCUGAGCUGACUUUCAAGAAUAUCAUGGGUAUGCUCAUUGCUGUUGUUGGCAUGGUGGUUUACAGUUGGGCUGUGGAGGUUGAGAAACAGUCCAAUGCAAGGAUCACAAGUGUGAAAAACAGCCUGACAGAAGAGGAAAUAAGAUUACUCAAGGAAGGAGUGGAAAAAGCUCCUGUUAAGGACAUUGAACUUGCCGAGCCAAAGGAGUAAGUCGGCGGCGGCAACGAAUAUCAUUAGCAGCCGUGAUGUUUGUGUUUAGUUACAGCUUAGUUGCAUUUGCUUGUCCCAGCAAGAUAUUGCUCUUUUUGCUAACCGGUUGUACAACUUAGAGUUGGAAGAUGGAAGUCAGCGAAGCGACUGCGAUUACAGUAGUGUUUUUCCUUUCUGAUUUAAAUUGUCCCCUCCCAUGCAUUUUCAAUUCAAAUCCCACAAGAAGAUAGAAAACGAAAGUGGAAAAGGAGAAGAAAAUGAUUUGUUGAAUAUGGCACAGUGUUAGGGUUGUGAAUGAUUUGAAACAUUCUGCACAUUCUAUUUAAACUUUGUAUCCAAUUUCGAUGUCAGGAAUUCAGUUUUAAGUUAUGCCAUUAAUAGCUUUUUUCUUGAGCA